CGUUGAGAGAAGAAAGAAAAUUUGUAUACACAUUUCUAUUUAUCAUUUUAAACAAGUCCCAAGAUUUGUAUCGAAAAAUCUUCUAUUAAAAAAUUUUAAGUAUACAAAAUGGAAAAAAAGUAUUGCAGAAUUUUUCUUAACCGCUGCAUAGAGCUGAUGCGGGCCCGCAUCAAGGAGGUUCGGAGUCGACCCAUCGUUCACCGUGACCAGAGACGGCAGCCUGCAGUAGCCAACAAGGAGGUGGAGCAGGAAAUCCAAAAGCAGAAGAAGAUUUCCACCUACCAGAGGAACAAGUAUCGCUCCAUGUGGGAGCAGGAAGAGGCCAAUCAUAGGCGCACUGGAGAUUAUAGUGUUAGCCAGAGCAACGCCAACGGAGAUCGCAGCAACGAUGGAACGUGGGUUAACUUCCCGAAGGGCCGUCGCUCGAUUAUCAAUCGUCCAAGCACGGCCAGGCCCUGUAACGAUCAAGCCAAGGCCUUCAUUCGCCAGUGGGCAAACCAAAACGAAUGAUACUCGUAACUGUCAACUGAGUUAACUUUGUAAUAAACAGAGCAAGCUAUUGCAUGAAAUUAAUCCUAAACUAAAUUUCACAAUACUUGUUUAGGACGCACAAAUAAAAUUUAUCCAUAGCUUUACUGUUGAUAUCUUACAACUUUGCAGAUGUCACUGUUUGCCUUUGUGGGCCAACUAGCUCGGUGCACCUAUUUGCCGCCGAUCCCACUUCUGCUCUCGCGAAUACGUGGUCCGCGGAAUAUACCCCAUAUGCCCAUCAAAGGUCCCAGGGACUUUGAAUACUGGCGCCGUUUGAAACGCAAGAACCCAUCUAAGCCGACACGGUUGCCAAAAGUCAAACCCUCACCACGACGAGGGUCCAGAAGGAAAACAAUUCCCAAAAAAAUAGAAAAACGAACAGAAAAGUAAGAAGAAAGGGGAACAUCGGUCACAGCCGAUAUUAUAUUGUUUAUUAGAACAACUAAGGACCUAAAUCAACGAAAUCUAAAUUUACUGUAAUGCUAGAACCUGACUAAAAUAAAAACUCAAUUAUAAUAUUA